GUAUAGAAAGUGUUUACUGCCAUUUCUCUCUUUCCCACGCUCUUCUCUCCUGCAGAUUAGUGACUGCAGUCCCCCUGCUCCCUAGAUAAGACCUCCUCCUCGCAGGGGAGAAAACUCCAUUACGAUAAAACACACUAAACAGGGGAGGGAGAGACACAGCACACAUGUCCCAGAUGGAGCAGGAGAUCUCCCUGGUCCAGAGUAAGAUGUCUGAUCUGGAGUCAGUACUGCAGCAGAAAGAUGUGGAGCUGAAAGCCUCGGAGACUCAGAGGAGCAUCCUGGAACAGGACCUGGCUACAUACAUCACAGAGUGCAGCAGUCUGAAGCGCAGUCUGGAGCAGGCCCGGACAGAGGUGUCCCAGGAAGAUGACAAGGCGCUGCAGCUUCUUCACGACAUCAGGGAGCAGAGCAAUAAGCUGCAGGAAAUCAAAGAGCAGGAGUACCACGCUCAGAUGGAGGAGAUGCGCGUGGCCAUCAGGCAACUGGAGGAGGACCUCUCCGCCGCCCGUCGUCGUAGCGACCUCUACGAGUCCGAGCUGAAGGAGUCCCGGCAGGCCAGCGAGGAGCUGAAGAGGAAGGCCGCCGAGUACAACCAGAGGAUGCAGAAGGCCAAGGAGCAAGGAAAAGCAGAGGCGGAGGAGGUGCUAGCGAAGCUGGAAAAGACCAAUUCAGAACAGCAAGCCAAAAUACAGGAUCUCCAAGAUAAGCUUGCCAAGGCUUCAAAGGCCAGCUCCGAGGCAUCAGAUCUCAUGCACAGCAUCCGCGUGGCCAAGGAGCGUAUGGAGCGAGAGCUCGAGAGGCUGCAGAACAAGGAGGACUCCAGCGACAGCCUGCGCAGACGCCUGCGUGAGACUGAGGAUGGCAGGAAGACUCUGGAGAACCAGGUGAAGCGUCUUGAGAUUGUGGAGCGUCGAGAGAUGAAACUGAAGGAGGACAUCCAGAGCAAGGCCCAGCAGAUCCAGCAGAUGGCUGAGAAGAUCAUGGAGCUUGAGGAGAGCUUGCGCGAGACGCAGUCUACAGCCCAGCGCAUGGAGUCUCACCUGGAGCAGAAGGAGAAGCUCUACGAGGAUAAGAUCAAGGUCUUGGAGACCCAGAUGAAGGCAGACAUGGCUGACAAGGAGAUGCUGGAGUCCAGUCAGAGCAAGUAUGAGGAGGAGGUUCGUGAGAAGUGCAGCAUCAUCAGUGACCAGAAGGCGACUAUCAAUGCCAUGGACUCCAAGAUGAACAGCCUGGAGCAGAGAAUUGCUGAGUUGUCUGAGGCCAACAAGCUGGCAGCCAACAGCAGCAUCUACACCCAGAAGAACAUGAAGGCCCAGGAGGAGAUGAUCUCGGAGCUAAGGCAGCAGAAGUUCUACCUGGAGUCGCAGGCGGGGAAGCUGGAGGCCCAGAACGCCAAGCUGGAGGAGCACCUGGAGAAGAUGAGCCAGCAGGAGCAGAGCAACAAGAGCCGUGUGACGGAGCUGGAGAGCAGGCUUAGAGAGACGGGCCUGGAGCACGAGGAGCAGAAGCUGGUGAUCAAGCGUCAGGUGACGGAGGUGACCCUGUCGCUGCAGGAGCGCGAGUCCCAGAUCAGCGGGCUGCAGGCGGCCCGCCACGCCCUGGAGAGCCAACUGCAGCAGGCCAAGACGGAGCUGGAGGACACCACGGCCGAGGCUGAGGAGGAGAUCACCGUCCUCAGGGCUCACCGGGACGACAUCCAGCGCAAGUUUGACGCCCUGAGAGACAGCUGUGCGGUGAUCACAGACCUGGAGGAGCAGCUGACCCAGCUGACCCAGGAGAACUCGGAGCUGAACCGGCAGAACUUCUACCUGUCCAAGCAGCUGGACGAGGCCACGGACGACACAGAGGACAGGAUGCAGCUGGGCCAGGACGUGGACCGCCUCCGCAGGGAGGUGGCAGACCGCGAGAUGCAUCUCAACAACCAGAAGCAGAACAUAGAGACCCUGAAGACCACGUGCACCAUGCUGGAGGAGCAGGUGGUGGAGCUGGAGACUCUGAACGACGAGCUGCUGGAGAAGGAGCGGCAGUGGGAGGCGUGGAGGGGCGCCCUGGAGGACGAGAAGAACCAGGCGGAGAGGAGGACCAGGGACGUGCAGAGGCUGCUGGACAACGAGAAGCAGAACAGGCUGCGUGCGGACCAGCGCAGCUCCGAGGCCCGCCAGGCCGUGGAGCAGGCUGUGAAGGAGCACAAGGCCGAGAUCCUGGCCCUGCAGCAGGCGCUCAAGGACCAGAAGCUCAAAGCGGAGAGCCUCUCGGACACACUUAUUGACCUGGAGAAGAAGCACGCCCUGCUGGAGAUGAACGCCCGCAGCCUGCAGCAGAAGCUGGAGGGAGAGAGAGAUCUGAAGCAGAGGCUGCUGGAUGACCAAAGCAAACUGCAGCAGCAGAUGGACGUCCAGAAGACUCACAUCUUCAGGCUGACCCAGGGGCUGCAGGACGCGCUGGACCAGACAGACCUGCUGAAGACCGAGAGGACAGACCUGGAGUACCAGCUGGAGAACAUCCAGCUCCACCUACAGGCCGUGUAUUCCCACGAGAAGGUGAAGAUGGAGGGCACCAUCACCCAGCAGACUAAACUCAUAGACUUCCUCCAAUCCAGGGUGGACCAGGGAGGCUCAAAGAAGAAGAAGGGUCUGUUUGGGAGGCGUAGAGAGGACCUGCUGGCUGCCAUGGCGGCCCAGAGUGGCUCUCAGGGGUCCCAGGGGUCCCAGGGGUCCCAGGGGCCCCAGGGCUCCCCGGUCCCCACGGCCCCCCCGGUGCCCCUGCAGUACAGCGACAUGAAGGUGGCCCUGGAGAAGGAGCGCUCCCGCUCCUCCGAGCUGGAGGACGCGCUGCAGAAGAUGCGCCUGGAGCUCCGCUCGCUGCGAGAGGAGGCCGUGCAGUACAAAGGUCUGGAGCACGGAGCCCCGGCCCCUCCUGCCUCGGCUCGGCAGCAGAUGAUGAUGUCAGCCCUGGUGAAGUCUCCAGAGCACAAGCAGGGCCCCGGCCAGCUCGCCUCCUCCUCCAGCUCCGGCCGCAGGAAGGAGACCGCCACCCCCGACGAGAGAAGGAGGGUCACUUUUGAAAAGUACGGCCGUCGCAUGAAGGACAGCCAGAGAGACAGGGAGAGGGAGAGAGAGCGGGCGCACCACAACGCUCCUCACCGCUUCACCGUGGGGCUCAACAUGAGAGCCGCCAAGUGCACCGUGUGCCUGGACACCGUGCACUUCGGCCGCCAGGCCGCCACCUGCAUUGAAUGUCACGCUCUGUGCCACCCAAAGUGUUCCCCCUGCCUCCCGGCCACGUGCGGCCUGCCCAGCGACUGUGCUCUUCACCUGGGAGAGGGCUCGAGCAGGGACAAGGGCAGCUCCCCAGGCCUGCAGCUGAAGGAGGCCAGCGGACACGUGCGUCUGGAGGGCUGGAUGAAGCAGCCCAGGAACGGCAAGAGAGGCCAGGGUUGGGAGAGGAAAUAUGUGGUUCUGGACGGGACCAAAGUAUCCAUCUACGAGAUAGAGCCCAGAGAAGACUCUGCCAAGCCGCUUGAGGAGUUUGAGCUGUGCCUGUCGGAAGGAGAGGUGAUGGUCCACGGGGCUGUGGGCGCGGGUGAGCUGCCCAACACUGCCAAAUCAGAUGUUCCAUACGUUCUGAAGCUGGAAUCUCAAUCGCACACACCCUGCUGGUCCGGCCAGACCCUGUACCUGAUGGCUCCCAGCUUCCCAGACAAGCAGCGCUGGGUGGCCGUGAUGGAGUCGGUGGUGGCGGGGGGGCGGGCGGCCAGGGAGAAAGCAGAGGCGGACGCAAAGCUGCUGGGGAACUCUCUGUUGAAGCUGGAGGGCGACGACAGGCUGGACAUCAACUGCACCCUCCCUCUCACUGAUCAGAUCGUGCUGGUGGGGUCUGAGGAGGGUCUGUACGCGCUGAACGUCAUCAAGAACUCCCUGACCCACAUCCCCGGGCUGGGCUCUGUGUUUCAGAUCCACAUCGUCAAGGAGCAGGAGAAGCUGCUCAUGAUCGUUGGGGACGAGAGGGCGUUGUGUCUGGUGGAGAUUAAGAGGGUGAAGCAGUCUCUGGCCCAGUCCCACCUGCCGGCCCAGUCUGAGCUGGCCCCCUACAUCUUUGAGACGGUGAAAGGCUGCCACCUGUUUGCUGCGGGCAGGAUAGACAAUGGCCCCUGUAUCUGCGCCGCCAUGCCUAACAAGAUAACCAUUCUACGUUACAACGACAAUCUCAACAAGUUCUGCAUCCGCAAGGAGAUUGAGACACUGGAGCCUUGCAGCUGCAUCCACCUGACCAGCUACAGCAUCAUCAUCGGCACCAACAAGUUCUUUGAGAUUGAGAUGAAGCAAUACACGCUGGAAGAGUUCCUGGAUAAGAACGACGUGUCGCUGGCCUCGGCCGUGUUUGCCGCAUCCUCCCACAGCUUCCCCAUCUCCAUGGUCCAGGUCACCAGCACCCAGCAGAAGGAAGAGUACCUGCUCUGUUUCCACGAGUUCGGCGUAUUCGUGGACACGUACGGACGGAGGAGCCGUACGGACGACAUCAGAUGGAGCCGUCUGCCCCUGGCCUUCGCCUACAGGGAACCCUUCCUGUUUGUGACAUACUUCAACUCCUUGGACGUCAUGGAGGUUCAGGGGCACGCAUCACUUGGGCCUCCAGUGCUGGCCCACCUCGACAUCCCCAGCCCCCGGUACCUGGGCCCAGCCAUCUCCUCAGGGGCCAUCUACCUGGCCUCGUCCUACCAGAACAAGCUGAGGGUGAUCUGCUGCAAGGGCAGCCUGGUCCGCGAGUCCGGGGAGCUGCAGAGGACCGGCUCCAGUCGAGGCAGUCCCAGUAAGCGUGGGCCGCCCACCUACACCGAGCACAUCUCCAAGCGCCUGGCCUCGGGGCCCAGCAGUCACGAGGGCCUCCACCGCGAGCCCAGCACCCCGCACCGCUACCGGGAGGGACGCACCGAGUUCCGGAGGGACAAGUCGCCCGCUCGCCCCCUGGACAGGGAGAAGUCCCCCGGCAGGAUGCUGGACAGCCGCAGGGAGAGGUCCCCCGGGAGGUUCGAGGACCCGUCUCGUACUCGCCUCCACGCGGGGUCCGUCCGCACACAGCUCACCCCCGUCAACAAGGUUUGGGACCAGUCAUCAGUUUGAAAACCUGCCACGGCCCUUUAAAGGCUGAGGAGCGGGAGGGAGCCUCACUGGGGGUGUCCCAUGAUGCUCCUGGCUUUGCCACCUAGGCUGACCGGCCAAUCAAAAGCAAGUCUGCGUCACCGCCUGUACAUAUUGCAAUCUCAACUCAUCCACCACACAGGACAGACAGUACAGUUGCAUUGGGGGAGGUUUCCUAUGACAAUCUUCGCUUUCCCAAUGUGUGUUUAUGGGAAAGAUCCCAAGGAAGGUAUGGUGUAACAGAGCAUUAAUAGCAGGGAAACUAUAUUGAUCUAUGGAUCGUGGGUAAAAUCUUUAUAGUAUAAUCAAAGUUGUACAUAUAUUGUUGUUCCAGUUUUUAUAGUUAAAGGGAAUAGUCGGCAGGGAAAGCCAAGUCUAUUUUUUUUAAGAAAGUGUUUCUAAAUGAUGUUGCAGGGAGUCUAAUGAUGUUACAGGGAGAGAUUCUACUAUCAACAUUUCACUAUUUCAGAUAUUAUAGCUUUUCUAUGACUGGAGAAUCAUGCCAACAUCAACUCACCCAUGCACAAACAGGAACUGAAAGGGGUUCCAGUGCACAUGGCCAUGUCACUUUGCACUUCAGAUUUGAUGUGAACAGGAUUCCAAACUCAUUAUUUCGACAUGACCAGUCUUCUUUUUGGAUCAAAUUUCUAUGGUCCGCUCAACUAAAUGGACUUUAAUAUCUAACUGCAUACGAUUGCUUAAUAACAGUACAUGUCUGAACAUACUUUGUAAGACAAUAAUAAUACCAAUGUUUUGCAACAAGUGUGUUUCUUUGGUGUUUCAGUAAACCUAAGAUAACAAAGCUUUGCCUCUGAUAGGGGGCUGGGUGGCCUGAACCCGUUGCUAGCUUGCUCUGGUCUGAUGCUGCGCACGGUCCUGUUCUUACUUCUGUGCAGUGAAACUAUAAAGUCCAGUACUUGUCAGGGUAUGUCACUAUCUAUUAUCGCUUCCUUUAUAAUCGGUGAAAAAAUCUCCAUUCGGAAAAACAUCAAAGAGCAUGAGUAACGUUGUGAAGCCACUUGUCGCUUUUUUUUGCAAACUGAUUGUGUUUAUCUGUCAUGUAUUCAGUUGAAUUUGCAUUCAAUGAGUAUACAUUGAUGUGAGACGAUAACUGGGAACAUUUUCUUGAUUUUUAAAAAUGUAGACAAACAUUAAACAUGAUUGAGCUUC